AUGUCCAAGCAGGAUAAAUUGCACAGCAAGGAGCUUCGUCGGAAGCAGUACUUGGACUCCAUACAACGCGCGUGUGACUUUAUUAAAAGCUGUUCUGUAGAAUGUGAAAAUCAGGUUGCAACGCGUUUAGAUCGCCUCGAAAAGAUUUGGGAAAGUUUCGAGCGGGUGCAGGACGACAUAGACGAUAUGGACCUUUCUGCGGAAGACUGCCUAACGAAUCAACGGAUCAGGGCGGAGACAGAGGAGUUGUAUCUUUAUGCUAAGGCAAAGCUACAAGAUAUGCUGCCUAAAGAGUCGAAACCUGUUGCUGCUAGCAUUCAAUCGUCUUCGUCGAGAGUGAAGCUGCUGAGAAUCACACUACCUGAAUUCAGCGGAAACUUUGAUGAGUGGCUUACGUUUCACGACACAUUUGUGUCACUAAUACAUUCAUCGAAAGAGAUGUCGCCGAUUGAAAAGUUUCACUAUCUUCGUGCGUCGCUAAAGGGAGAAGCAGCGAAUCUCAUCCAAGCAAUUACGGUGACGAAUGCAAACUAUGAAUUUGCUUGGCAAACGAUCGUAAAGCGUUACUCCAACAAAAUAAUACUGCGUAAAAAGCAUAUACGAGCACUCAUAUCGCUUCCAAAGAUGAAGGACACCGGAGCAGUACCACUUAACCGCUUAAUUGACGAUUUUCGAAGGCAUGUGCAAAUACUGCAGCAGUUCGAGCAACCUAUCAAAUCGUUCAGCUCAAUUCUCAUUGAGUUGAUGGCGGAUAAGCUGGACGAAGAAUCUCUGCGUGUGUGGGAAGAAUCCCAAGCCGAUAAUGAUCCGUCAUUUACUGAAAUGAUGGAGUUUUUGGAGAAACGUGUGCGUGUGUUAGAAACGUUGGCGAUCGAAAAAGUGUGUGAAAGAAGCAAGCGAAAACAAAAGUAG